UCAUCAGAAGACUACUAGUUCUAAGUUUUAUCUCGGCACCAAAGCAACUUAACGUUAAUCAUGUGUUCUCAUGCUAUAAGAGCUGGUUCAAGGGAUUGAUAUCAUCACGUGGGCAUAACAGCCUAGUCUUUGCCAACUCACGCGUUUGCAAAAUCUUGAAUUACUUGUAGGUUUAGCGUUUAUAAGCCUUCAACAUUGUUUUCGAAGUGAACUUGCCCGUGGUAAGGUGGCGUCCGGUUCGCUAACAUGUGUAGGAGUAUGUUACCCAACCGAUCCAGCUGACUAUCAUUGUUUACCUAAUACCUGAGUCAACUGCAGCAGCAGCUAGCAGCCUAAGUGCCUAACUGCCCUGACCAUAACAAAUGAUAGUAGCAUCGGGCUCGUAUACCUAACAUGUUGCAUGUGAUGAAAUUUUGCAAUUGAAGCCAAUUUUGUGAGAUGGUUAAUUUUGUGGCAUUCGUGAAAUGAAAAGUCACGUUACAUCAGAUCUGUAACGUCUGCGAUUAUCGGAAUUUAUUUAUUUUAUAUUACCUACCUAUACAAGAGGUCGGAGGGCAAUUGUCCUAAGCCCAGAUUCUGAGGGCGAGUGUCGCGAGCAGGAAUGUCAUCUGUUUGGAAUACUGCCGAGAAUCUUUUACUUGGUCCUCCUAGGAUUGGAUCGCCAAGUGCAAGAAAUAAUACCCAUACUCCAACAUCUCACACAGUAGAGAUAGUUGAAGGAAAUGAGGAAAUGUUGGUGUCCUCAGCAUCUUUAGCAACACCUGCUACAGCAUCAAGUACACCUGGUAGUGGUUCUCCUGCACCAACUCCACCUGGAACUGGCCGAAUGAUUGUUGAUAAAGGUCGAGGACGUGGCAUAAGCCUCCCACCUGCAAUAGCAGAAAGACUUGCACGCCAUAGAGCUCAGGAGCAGCAACUUUACAAGAAGAAAGUUAAGCAUUUGAAAAGAAUAAUAAAAGAAUUAGUAUAUGAGAAUGCAGCACUUUGUGAUUUAGUAGCUGAGGUUCAGCAACAAGUGGUGGUAGCAACAGAGGAAAGAGCAUUUUUACUGAAGAGAUUGUGCCAUCACCAAACUACUGCUGAUCACCAUAGUCAGCUCACUACAAAGGGAGCAGCACAACUACAACCACUUUGUUGUCUCCCGUGACAUCUGAGAAGUCAAAAGCAAGAAGAAGCAGCAGUAGCAAACCUAAACGACUUUGUCCUCCCAUAACCUUAGACUCAGCCGGGCGUCCCAUCUUUCCCAUUACUUUGGGUCCCCUCACAAUACACAGUCUGGGGGAGAUUGUUAGCGAGAGAGAGACAUAUCACACGGAACAGUGCAUUUUUCCUGUUGGAUUUUGUUCCUCUAGGAUAUAUGCAAGUUUGCAUGAUCCUUUACGUCCUGUUCUCUAUACUUGCAAGAUCUUAGAUGGUGGCCUUACCCCCAGAUUUGAAGUAGUGUGUGAGGAUGAGGAAGAUGCAGUUGUUGUAGGCAACUCCCCUGCACAGUGUCACAAUCAUAUACUUCAGACUAUCAAUAGCACUCUCGAUAUGGACCUGCUAACUAUAAGCCCUGAGAGUAGUGACAAUGAUGAACGUGGAUGUCGUUUCUUUGGUCUCACUCAUCCCAGUGUCCAGAAUGUUCUGCAGGCUUGUCCAAGGGCAAGGAAAUGCUCAAAAUAUAAAUGGGUGAAAUUUGAGGUAUGUCGAAGUGAAGCAGAAGUUGAGAGUGUCUUCGAAGCUGAAAAAGAAGCAUCUCUGUGUCAUGAAUCACUGUUGAGAAACAUAAGGUUUGCAAGACAUCACGUCACUUCACCAUAGGAUAAAUCUAUAAGUGACCUUCUGCAGCUGAUUAUUGUGGAAAAGAAAUUAUUGUUGAUACUAAAGACUGGCACAUUAAACAGUUUAAAGUAGGAUUUUUCUGGA